UGCAGACAGUUUCAGAAUCGCCUCUGUGAGUGGAUUAGCACUUCUCCCUCUUUCUCAAAACUCUUGACUUUGUGCACAUUGAGCUAAAACUCAGGAUGACCCGCUGGGCCCUUCUUGUUCCUCUCCUGCUCCUUUUAAUCCAUAGUUCUGUCAGUCAGGAAGCUGGGGACCCCGGAGCAGCUCCAACACCACCAUCGGGCGAAGCGUCUGAUAGCCAGCAGGCAGGGGAUGAAAACGACGAGGACUGGGGAAUGAACUCCUUCCGAGGCGGCUUUGAGGCCGUCAGUGGCUACUUUGACUCAAUGCUGGAGUUCAUGGGCGGACGAGAUGGGGUAUGCCAAUACCGCUGCAGAUAUGGUAAAGCUCCUCUUCCUCGACCUGGCUACACAAUGCCUGAGCCCGAUGGAUGCAGCUCCUACUUCUUUGGUCUUCCUGUUCCAGAGGGGAUGGACGUGGGCAUCCCUGCCAUGACCAAGUGUUGCAAUCAGCUGGAUAUGUGUUACGACACCUGCGGCUCCAAUAAGUACCGCUGCGACUCCAAGUUCCGCUGGUGCCUCCACAGCAUCUGCUCAGACCUCAAGAAAAGCCUCGGCUUUGUGUCAAAAGUCGAAGCAUGUGAAACUGUUGCAGACACUUUGUUCAACACGGUGUGGACCCUCGGCUGCAGGCCCUACAUGAACAGCCAGAGGGCAGCCUGCUACUGUCAAGGAGAAGAGAAAGAUGAACUUUAGACAAUAACCAUCCUUUUAUUUAUAAAACCCAAUCAACUAGAGCCACGCUUCAGGAGAUGGUGCUCUGAGUUGAAGAGGUGUAAAGGAGGCUGUGACGACUUGAGUAAUUUAUUUGAAAGUUUUUGCUUCGUUUCGUU